AUGCUGGAGGUGGGCCAACGAGAGGACGGAUUGUGCGAAGUCAAGAUUCAGGCUUUGGCGAGGGGAGUGAAAGUCGGCCAUCCAGUGGGGCAGCGAAUAUUCAGAUCAAACCGAGAUGCCAAGAAACAAUCCCUCCAUGGCCUUUAUCAGUCCAUUCUCUUUUCCACCUUCAUAUGCUGCACGAAUCUGAUCCCUCUCGUCUUUCCAGACGCUACCAAGACAUUCUCGACGACGCCAUACGAGCCGUUCAUCGACGAGCCGUAUUUUUGGCUUCCUGAGCUCCAUAAGGACCUUCAAAAGCUCAUCGUCGGGUCCGCAACGAACAGAGUCUGCCUUUGUUUCUUGAUUGAUGGCCUGGACGAGUUCGAGAAUGACGUUGCGGGGCGCCAUAGCUACGCCGAUCUUGCCGAAGAACUUACCUUGUGGGCUCAAAACGACAACGUCAAACUCCUCGUCAGCUCGCGUCCGGAGCCGGAGUUCGCAUCAAUCGUGCCGGAGAGGCUGCGGAUCCAUCUCCACGAUCUCACCAAACCUGAUAUUAUGAAGGCCGGCCGGAGCCUGUUCGAGAAGCAUCAAGAUUUUGAGCAGAUGAGAUCUUACUACCUGAGACUGGUUGACCAAAUUGUGGUCGAAUCACGGGGGCUUUGCAACUUGGCGGCAGAUGGGGAAGAUGCCCAGAGCUUUCGGAAGCGUUUGGUCGAAAGCCCAAGUCUGGAUCGUCUCUACCACGAGCUCCUGGCCUCGAUCAGUCCGGUUCAUCGCGAUAUGGUGUACAAGAUGCUCUUCCUCGUCAUGCGUCUUGACUGGAGCUGUUCGGAUUUCGUCACGACAUGGGUCCCGACCACGAGCACAAUCAAGACGUACACGGAAGCGGAGUGCGACAAACGCCGCGAAUUGGCCAAGUCUCGGGUCGCUCGGACGAAAGGCCUUCUGGAGAUUACGGACUUAUCUUACCACGGUUGGACAAAUAUUACCCGCGUCAAUCUCUUUCACCGUACCGCCUACGAAUUCUUCCAAGAUAGCCAGCAAAUGCGCGACCUGUCUGCCAGAUUCCCAGAUAUGAGGCGUGCUUCACUGGAGGUCAAGGUCUACCUUGCGCAACUCUGGGUCCUGGACAACUCGAAAUAUCCUCCGACGCAAGCCUCUCCGAAAAUACUAGGUAAAAUCUUGAGUUCCUCCAAAGAAUGGAAAUAUUUCACUGAAGAGAGGCACCGCUGGCUCGACUGUCUUCGAAAAGUCGCCCUCUACCACAAUACGAAGGGACCACCUAUAUUCUGUGGGGUGUUGCUCACGUCUUUUUUGCUCGGAGAGAUGGGGUUGUCAGAAAUUGGCUAUUCUCAUCUACACUACAUCGUCAACUUGAUUGGCGACCUCGAAUACGUACGGCGGGAACUAGAUGGCAUGCCGGGAACAAUGCAUGCAAAUGGCGAGUUAUCCCUCCUUCUCUCGGCUAGCACGGGUUGGUAUGCAACUCCUUUGGUCGAAUAUCUCCUGGAGAGGGGGGUUUCUCCAAAUGAGCAGGUCAAAUUUCACGACACAAAUCAUACGGCAUCAGUAUGGCUUAUAUUCUGCACACUCUUCGCAAUCCUCACGGUUCCCAUAUUAGGAGGACGGGGCUUACAAACAGAUCUCCUCGGGUCGUAUUGUCUCGUAAUGGAGAAAUUCCUCGCGACACAUGCAGUCGACCUAAAUGUGCUCGUCAUCCUUGGAGAACGAGGAUUAUAUGACGAUUUCUCGGAAAGCGACGGCACUCAUGCCAUAUCUCUGAAGGAUUUGUUACAGCAAGUUGACCCUGAUGAGCACGAGACCUGGGCUAAACUCAUUGGCGAGUGCAAAGAUGGCCUGUGUCAUGUGAGAGCGUCGCCUGCAACCAAGCAGGACAACGAGGAGUCUUACCAUCGGGGCAUGGGGCCUUAUCUCCUAGUUCGUAUAGAAACCGAGGCUUCCAACAAGCAAAGUACUUUUCAAGACGUUGCAGUCCGGAGCAUGCAAGACGCGCCUGACAAAUCGAGCAAUGCUGCAGUCGGCCAGAUAUGCUUCGAGGCCAGCUAGACAAGAUGGUGUCGGAGUCUGUUUGUAUCCACGAAGAUUCAGCAGGUUGAUCGGACCUCUGCUUUCAUGCCGAAACAGAGUGGUUGCGUAUAUCGAUUCCAGCCGUUCGGGGACGACUAGAUCUCCCUCCGCGUCGAAGUCAUGGACGUCAAGCGUAGGUCACGUUUCUA